AUGUCCAUGUUGAGAGCAAAGUGCUGGCCUCUUCUCUGGCUACUAUGCACGUAUGCAAGCGCCGUGGUGGCUGAUGUUUCCUGCGAGGAGCAUGAUUUUCAUGCUACGCAGUUCCUUCAGAUGACGUCCAUUCUAAAUGCAGAGCUGCAUUCACCGUUGAAGCCCUGGGACGUGCAUUACUACCUAGGUGUUGCAUACCACAAGGCUGGAACUUAUCUCAUGAUCCAAGUGUGGCAAUCGAUAUUUCAUGCCCUCGGGGCGAAGCCGCUUAUCGACAUGGGCCAAUGGGAUCAGCCUUGUUAUCCCGGGACAUGUUAUGCACCAGAUGCACCAAUCCAAGUGUGGAUCGACCUCUACUCGCCUGCAAAAGCGCAAAAAGCACGUGAAGCUGCAGGGGAAAGAGGCUUGCGGGUCGCAGGAUUUGUUCGAGACCCUGUGUCCAUGAUCGUCUCUGCAUACUGCUACCAUCACAGGGGAAAGGAGCUCUGGAAUUUCGUAGAAAAUCCCCAAGGCAUUGUGGCGCAGAUGGGGCCUCUAGAAGGGCUGACUUUUGAGGCCCAACGGAUGCUACCAGUUGUCAAGAACAUGACGGGCAUUUUUGAACACCCGGCCAAUGACACCCUUCGUCUUGACUACGAGCGAACUACGGCCUCUUCUGAUGGUUUCGACUCAGAGAUGGUAAAGCUGAUUGGCUUCUUGUUUGAGGACCUGAUUUCGGCAGAGGAACGUGCUGAGGUCUUAAAUGCCACCCAAAGGGCAGACCUGAAUCGACAUCCUGCCAAUGACGACGAUAAUCAUUCCAAUGACCCGGACUGCAAAGCUCGAACACGGGAGUAUGUGCCAGCCAUGCCGUCGGACCUCUUGGGGCAGUACCGUUCAUUCCAGCAGAGGCUGGGAUAUGCCCCUUCCUGA